AUGUCAUCGAUAGUUUUGUUGUUCUUGUAUAUGAAUACGCUCUAUUUAACUUGCUGUGAUGCAAGCGAUGCAAACGUCUCGAAACUCACCAUUGCAAAUAUUAACUCAACGAGCGACGAAGGUGUCACGGAAACGCAACAAGCAACUUGUAAAAUUGCUACUGAAGAAUUGGUCGCAAGUGCACGUGCCAGUGUCACAAGAGUGCUCACAGGGACUUGUAAUGCGAAAAUAAUCGACGAGAAGCUGCAAACUUUAGAAAAAGUUCUAGUCAAAGAACUGGAAGAAAUUAAGACAUUAUUGUACAUAGUGUUGGAGAAAAAAAGAGCACUGCCAAAAUUAUACCAAAGUAGUAUAAUAUCUCCAAGACAGACUGAGAUCGACAAUUUUAACAACACGAUCCAAAGAACGUCAUCGUUAAACGGGUCUACGGGUUUCUUCUUUUAUUAUUGGCAAAUAAACCAUUUCGACGAGAAGCUUGCCAAUUGGAAAACUGCUCGUUCCAUACGUAGUUCGACGUUUUACGUAGGCCAGAAUGGAUAUGCCAUGUACAUCAAAGUUACUCCACGGUAUUUUCCGGACGGUACAAUUUUCAUAGGAGUUGGAUUGACUCGUGGUGCUCACGAUUCCAUCCUCGAAUGGCCAUUUCCACAUAAGAUUCGCCUCGAGAUUUUAGAUCAUUCAGCCGAGCAAUCGCGACAAGAUCGCCGAUCACGAAUCUGGGAUCCGUCUACGCUUUGCUCGGAAUAUUUUUGGGGUCGUCCAAAAUUAACUGGACAACCAGAUAAUCCAGAAUGUGUUGGAUUGAGUGUCUCGAGACAGGUUCUUUUCUUCAAAUUGCCGGUUACUAUUGAUCAUCUAUCAAGGAGUACAAGAUAUGUUUGGGAUGGUAGUAUUACGAUAAAACUAACUGUUUAUCUUUAG